GCGACUCAGCUUGGUGCCAUGACUAUGAUACAGGGUGCCGAUACAGUCGCAUGCUGCAGGAAGUUUCAUGCCGAAAACCACAUCAGCCGAAUCUGCCUUGAACACGGGGUUUGUGUUGAGCAUGUCCUAGAGAACCAACUGCCAGGUAUCGAGUUCCUGGACUGUCGUGAGGACAUGAUG